AUGUCGUCCAUAUCUGUCGUGGUGAAACAUCAAGGCAAGAAACACGAUGUCGAGAUCGACCCCAGCUCUACUGGCGAGGACUUCAAACUCCAGAUGUUCAGCUUGACCAACGUCGAACCCGAACGCCAAAAAAUCUUGCUCAAAGGUGGUCAACUCAAAGAUGAUGCCGACAUGAGUAAAAUCGGCUUGAAGAACGGCCAGGUCAUUAUGAUGAUGGGUACCCCAAGCGCUGGUGGCGAUGCCCUUGUCCGACCAAAAGAGGCGAUCAAGUUUGUCGAGGAUAUGACAGAGGCGGAGCAGGCUCAGCAAGUUGGUGCGACACCUGCUGGUCUGAUCAACCUUGGAAAUACAUGUUAUCUCAACUCAACCCUCCAGACUCUGCGUCUGAUUCCAGAGCUCCAGGAGGCGCUCGAUACGUACCAACCCGAUGGCAACGCCAGCAGCUUUAUGAUGACAGGCACGAAUAUGGACUUGGCAUCUCAACUGUCAAACUUGUACAAGAGAAUGGGACAAACCCAGGACUCCUUCCCUCCCAUGAACUUCUUGAACGCUCUGCGAGUAGUGUUUCCCCAGUUUGCGGAGAAGUCCAAGACAGGACAAGGCUUUGCUCAGCAGGAUGCAGAGGAGGCUUGGUCCCAAAUUGUGCAGCAACUUAACCAGAAGCUCCGCAUCAAAAGCGAAAACACUUCGGAGAUCUCCUUUGUGGAGAAGUACAUGUCUGGCGAGUUCAGUUCGGUAAUGGAGUGUGAUGAGGAAGAGGCGCGCAACGCUGGCGAGCAGCCCAUCAUUAACAAGGAGAGCUUCGCCAAGCUCAACUGCCACAUCGACAGCUCAACAAAUCAUCUGCGAGAUGGCAUUGCCGCCGCCCUGAAAGAGAAGCUCGAGAAGCAGUCAGAGGUUCUGGGUCGUGAUGCAGUCUACACCAAGACUUCCAAGAUCUCUCGUGCUCCUAAGUACCUGACAGUGCACUUUGUGCGCUUUUUCUGGAAGCGGGAGACCCAGAAGAAGGCCAAGAUCAUGCGAAAGGUUACUUUCCCCAUGGAGCUUGAUAUUGUUGAGUUCUGCUCCGACGAAUUGAAGAAGGCUCUUAUUCCUGUGCGCGACAAGGUUCGUGAGAUUCGCAAGGAUGAAGAGGAUAUCGAGCGGGCCCGUAAGCGACGUAAGAAGACUCACUAUCAGGACGUCGGCGAUAUCCCAGGCGGUGCCGGUCUUCCCACCGAGAAGGAGAAGAAGGAGGCUGAGAAGAAGGAGGGCAAGUCAGCAGAUGGCGAUGUUGUCAUGGGCGAGGAGGGUGAGACAUACAAGACAGACGCUGACAUCGAGGCUGAGAGAAACGCUUCAAUUCUUGAGGCCAAGAAGGAGCUCAACGCUCUCAUCAACCCCGAGCUGCGAAACGACGAUGGUGCAAAUCAAUCUGGUCUGUACGAGCUCCGAGGUGUCGUGACACAUCAAGGUGCCAGCGCCGACAGUGGCCACUACACCUCAUAUGUCAAGAAGGCUGCGCCCGUUGAUCCCAAGACUGGCAAGAAGGGUGAGGAGGACGGCAAGUGGUGGUGGUUCAACGACGACAAGGUUUCAGAGGUUGAAGCUGACAAGAUUGCGACUCUCGCCGGUGGUGGUGAGUCUCACUCUGCUCUCAUCCUCUUGUACCGAGCCAUUCCUCUGCCCACUGCCGAGGGUGUCCUGGAGUAA